AUGUCUGAACCCCAAGCCUACACGGUCAGUUGGAUAUGCGCCAUUAUGACAGAGUCUGUUGCGGCCCGGGCUUUCCUCAACGAGGAACAUGCAGGCCCGCGACAAGUCGCCCAGCACGAUAACAACAGCUACGUUCUGGGCAGGAUCGGCAGCCACAAUGUCGUCAUUGCCGUCUUGCCCGAUGGUGAAUAUGGCACGACUUCAGCGGCAACGGUAGCCAAAGACAUGCUCCAUAGCUUCCCGAACGUACGCAUCGGGUUGAUGGUCGGUAUUGGAGGCGGCGCGCCUAGUCCAAAGCAUGACAUUCGACUCGGUGGUAUUGUCGUCAGCAAACCAGGUGGCGGACAUGGCGGGGUAUUCCAGUACGACUUCGGCAAAACCAUCCAGAAUGGCUCGUUCCAGGAGAACGGGUUUUUAAACCAGCCACCAGUGCUGCUGCGAGCGGCUCUUGCCACACCCGUCUGA